AAUUCGUUUCUUCGAACUAUGGGGGCAUGGUCUGCGCGUGCGCUUCAGGCAGAUGGGAGGAGAGCAGAGGCGGGGCUUUGACGCCAGUUCCGGGGCUGGGACGUCCGGAAGAGGCUGGAUGGUAGCGCCUUAGCGGUAGUGCAGAGAUGGCGAUUUUCAGUGUGUACGUGGUUAACAAAGCCGGCGGCCUGAUUUACCAGUGGGACAGCUACUCGCCACGGGCUGAAGCCGAGAAAACUUUCAGUUACCCGUUGGACCUGCUACUGAAACUGCACGACGAGCGAGUGCUGGUCGCCUUCGGCCAGCGAGACGGCAUCCGGGUGGGCCAUGCCGUGCUGGCCAUCAAUGGCAUGGACGUGAAUGGCAAGUACACGGCCGACGGGAAAGAAGUGCUGGAGUAUCUGGGUAACUCUGCGAACUACCCGGUGUCCAUUCGAUUCGGUCGGCCCCGCCUUACCUCUAACGAAAAGCUCAUGCUGGCUUCCAUGUUCCACUCGCUCUUUGCCAUUGGCUCCCAGCUGUCUCCGGAACAGGGAAGUUCAGGCAUCGAGAUGCUGGAGACAGACACAUUCAAACUGCACUGCUUCCAAACACUGACAGGGAUCAAGUUUGUGGUCCUGGCAGAUCCUAGGCAAGCUGGAAUAGAUUCUCUUCUCCGAAAAAUUUAUGAGAUUUACUCAGACUUUGCCCUCAAGAAUCCAUUCUACUCCUUGGAAAUGCCUAUCAGAUGUGAGCUGUUUGAUCAAAACCUGAAGCUAGCUCUAGAGGUGGCAGAGAAGGCUGGCACUUUUGGACCUGGGUCAUAGGCUGAACCUGGAAUGAACGCCCUAAAUUCUGAGGCAUGCUGCAGAAAGGCUUUGCUGUUUCCACUCCAGUGAGGAUCCUAUUGCAGUAGCCUUAUAUACUUGAAAGUGGGAGAACACUGAGCCUGGUGAUAGGGACGGCUCCUGGGCUAGAAUGCCGUGUUCCCUGCCCUUCUGUAUAUAUCACAGUCCUACGCCCUGCUCUGUACAGAUUUAUUUAUGGAGGAUGCUGGCUUAGCAAUGCUUUAAUAAACUUUCCUUUGUUCUAGUA